GCAACACUUACAGAAGGUAAACAAACCCGGCCUGUGUGUGUUGUGAGGCGUCUCGUUAAAGGUGUUGACCAGUGUUAAUGCCAGGUGUUGUCCAGGAUGGGUUUACUCACUGACCCUGGUAUGGAGCGUAGCCAACUGCCAGCCUUGUUGGAGAAAUAUCACCGCCCCAUUUGUGUGAUCCUUUAUGUUGUGGGCAUUGUGUGGUUCAUGGCAUUAGCCCAUAACUCCCUGAAUCAUGGGACCUACUUUUCUGAGAAUGCAUUGCUGCCAGGACUAGUGCAGGGGGACUUCCAUGGUGACUCUCAAGCGGUGCAGUACUUAGAGAGUUUGACUGAGGAGGCCGAGAAGCACGCGUCGGGUAUGCCUUACCCCUGGCUGGCUGCUCAGUUCACCCAGCUGGGCCUGGACACAUUCACCCAUAACUUUACUCUUCACUACCCCAUGGGGAAAGACAAGAUUUUUACUGGAAAGAAUGUCUACGGCAUCCUACGAGCGUCUCGAGGCAGCAGCACGGAGGCAGUAGUGGUGUCUGCUCCCUACCGUCCCCCAUCGUCUCUCCUCCAGGGCACGGCACCGUCUAUAGCUCUUAUGCUCGCCAUGGCUCAUUUUUUCUCAACUCAAGUGUACUGGGCGAAGGACUUGAUCUUCCUGGUGACGGAACACGAACAAUUGGGCGCCCAGGCGUGGCUACAAGCAUACCAUCGUACUCAGAGUGGAGCUGGAGUGCUCGACCACGGAGACCUUGAAGGCAGGGCUGGAGCCAUACAGGCUGCCAUAAAUCUUGAGCUACACAGUUCACAUGUGAGUCAUAUAGAUGUUAAGGUGGAAGGACUCAAUGGUCAGCUGCCCAACCUCGACCUGGUUAACCUCAUACACCGGCUGUGUCAGAGAGAGAAUGUCCAUCACACUUUUAAGAACAGGGGUGAUCAUCCCAGUCCAGAGACUUUACAAGGUUGGCUCCACCAGCUGCAGACACUGUUAGCUAUGGUGGCCUCACAGGCUUCAGGUGUCCCUACAGGCAACCAUGGUUUAUUCCACAGGUAUGGCAUUGCCGCAGUGACAGUAGAAGGACAGCAGCAACAAGGCCGAGGCUGGCGCAGCGUAUCCCUCCACCAGCUGGGACGUGUGCUUGAGGGAGUCUGCCGCUCUCUCAACAAUCUAUUAGAGCGUUUCCACCAGUCCUUCUUCUUCUACCUUCUACCAGCCACAAAUAGAUAUAUAUCAAUAGGUGUCUACAUGCCUCCAUUUGGGAUGAUAGCAGGUGGGGUGUUGGUAAAGGCCUUGGCUCUCUGGUACUCCACCAGCUGUGCUGCAGAAGAACAGCAUCAAAAUAAGAAUAUAAAAAAGAAGGUUGACUAUGGACUGCUGGGGUGUGUACCACUGGUAGUGUUGAUGCACUUGGUGAGUGUAGCGGUGUCGUGUGGGCCCCCCAUGUUGUCUCGGUGUGGACUGAUCAUGGCACUGUCUGCUGAGGAUAGUGUCUUCUUGGGCACCGCUGCUUUCUGUUUAACUCUACUGGUGCUACCCUCCUGUAUCAACAGAUACAUGGGUUUACAAGAACGUAGUUGGGAGAUAGUGAAGAUUUUUGCUGUAUUAGAACUGGGUGUUCUGCUGUUUGCCGGGGCUGUGUAUAAUUUUUCUCUGGCAUUAAUUAUCACCAUAGCGUUUACACCGGUUGCUCUCAUUACCUCACCGUCCAAAAGCAGGAUGAAGUGGUGUUUAAAGUCAUUACUGCUCAUCUUAGUUCACCCGCUGUCUAUGUUGUUCUUGUUCGUCAUGCUGGACACUUGGCAGAACUUCAGUCAGCUGCCCAUCAACAAGCUGCUGUGGAAGUCCUACAUUGCCACCAAGCGUGCACUCAUGUACAGUGUGGUGGACAGCCUCAUCUACUCCAACUGGGUGUUUGAUGUGGCUACUCAGUGUCUUCUGCCAGUGUGGCUGCUCUUCUGGCAGAUAGUUCAUUAUCCUACACCAUGAACAUUACUGUAGGGAUUAGGUGUACAUUUUAUAUUCAUUUUUUUCUGACAUUAUUGUCUGUGUAUAAAUGGUAUCACAAAAAUAUAGAUAAUAACGAAUAUUGUAGGUAUAAAGUUCGUCUCAUUUCAAAAUGUUUUGCAGUACAGUAACAGGUUCAGUUUCCAUAUGUGAGGUGUCAUAUCACACAUAGUGGUGCCAAACUCUUAUGGAAGGUACACUGUAUAUACUGUACAAUACUAUAUAUAGUAUAGGUACAUGUACAUCCUUCUUUUGAAAUUUUGGGACACAAUUUUUUUUAAGCACUUGGCAGAUUCACCAUGUAUGACUUGAAGGGCCAUUCAUGAUUUAAGGGCCAUGUGUGACAUGAAGGGCCAUGCAGUAUGCAACAAGAGAUUUGAUCCCAGGUUGUCAUUGGAAGGAUAAUUUUGAUAAUUUAUCUUCUGACAUUUCAUCUUUAUCUUUUUUUUCAUCUUAAUCUUUGUACUUUACUACACUGACUUCCGCUGAACUGUGGUCUUUAUUCACUAUGUUAAACUGUCGUGUAUAUUCAUUAUUUCUUGAUAACAGAUGAACAUUAUGACACACUAAAGCCAGUACUGUAAUACACUGUAGUUAUGUCAGCAGGUGUACAUGUAAUACACUGUAGUUGUCAGCAGCUGUACAUGUAAUACACUGUAGUUGUGUCAGCAGCUGUACAUGUAAUACACUGUAGUUGUGUCAGCAGCUGUACUGUAAUACACUGUAGUUAUG